AUGGACGACAGGCUCAGUUGUUUCUCUGACGAUAUACUUCAUCUCAUUCUCUCUCCAUUACCCAUUAAAGACAUUGGUAGAACUUCAGUUUUAUCUAAGCGAUGGAGAUAUGUUUGGGCCUCUGUUCCAGUUUUCAACAUUGAAGGAAUCAAUCGGCCAUGGAUAAUUGACCAAGCACUCCUACUCCACAAUGGACCCAUCCAUCGGGCAGUUUUCAACAAUGAAGGAAUCAAUCGGCCAUGGAUAAUUGACCAAGCACUCUUAUUCCACAAUGGACCCGUCCAUCGGGUUUGGCUGCCUCGUGAUAAGUUGGUGUCUAGCAAUGCUGAUCGAUGGAUACUUGCUCUCACUAGAAAAGGCCUACAAGACCUAACGAUUGAUAUGAAAUCCGUGUCUUGGUACAAGAUUCACUCCUCCAUCUUCUUUUGUGAUGCUUUAAUGUCUCUCAAUUUGAAGUACUCCAUACUCAAGCCCCCAGCCGAUUUCGAUUUCAAGGGUUUUCAGUCCCUGGAGCGUCUCUCUCUAGAGAAGGUUUCGCUUGAUGAUAGCAUGCUGGAGUCCCUAGUUUCGAAGAGUAGGCAGUUGAAAUACCUAACGUUGAGCGAAUGUAAUGGCCUCUCUUCUGUCAAAAUCCAUGCCCCAAAUGUCAUUUCUUUUCACUUUAAGGGUUUCUUCAAUACCCUGAAUUUGGAUAAGAGCUUUAAUCUAAAGAAUCUGAAGAACCUGAACCUGCACUUGUACCCUCAUCAUACCGAGGGCAAUGUUCGAGAUUGCAGAGCAAGCAAACUUGUGGAGGAUCUACCCAAACUAGAAUCGAUUACGUUACUAGGCUGGUCUAUGCGGGUUUUAUUUAGUGGAGAUGUACCUGCCAGCAUACUCUCGACCCCGCGUUGUUCUCUAAGAACUUUAGAUAUUUGUCUCAAUACGAGGGAAAAUAAUGAGGUCCAAGGCUUCUUUUGCUUGCUAAGAAGUUUUCCUUCUUUGGAAACAUUGUCCCUUUGGCUUGAUGGCAAAAUAGAACCCAUUAAUGAAACCGAUGGAACUUGCUUCCAUGAAUUGAGAACAAGGAAGCCUGAUUGGUUGGGUUGCCUCAAAAUAGUGAACGUGAAGAAUCUUAGUGGCCUGGAAGAAGAGAUGGAAUUGAUUGGAUUCUUGCUAUCAAAUGCCAUAGCGUUGGACAAACUUACAAUUGAGUAUGAGAAAGAAGUGAAACCAGUUGAACAGUUUAGUAUAGCAAAGAGCAAUGGUUUCUUUCUUGUGGUGCGAUUUCAACAAUUUAAGAGAAACCCUUUGUUUGUUGCAGAGCUUCUCAUUUUGGGUUUGUUCAAGAGCCUCUCUGGUUUGUUGCAGAGCUUCUCAUUUUGGGUUUAAUGGCCCUGAUUUCACCAUUGAAGGCUUGCUAUAAUUUGGGUUUUCGGAGGUGGGGUAAACAGUUGCAGAGAAGCUACGAGGCAAUGGUGAACUGCGCUUCCACUCUGUUUCAAUGGAGAAAACUAGUCUGAUGACUCUGAUCCUUGAAAACACAUUAAAGACUGAUCUGGCUAAAAUUGCGGUCACAUAAUCAAAGCUUCGACCCCAAAUUGAGCUCUCUUUUAAAUAUCUUACCUCUUCUUUUUGCCAAAUUGAGGCUCUGCUGACCACUUUUGUCACGCCCUUUCCCAACGACACAAUUUCCAGCAAGAAAAUGACCAUAAUCGCCGCUGUAUUCCGAUGGGAACCCAAUUUUCCGAUGGUCCUUUCAGUAACUGUCACAUCUUUCGGCACUGUUUUUUCGCUUGAUUUCGACUUCCCAAACUUGAAGCAAGCCACCGCUUGUUUUCGUUUUUGGGGGG